UUCAGCUGAUCAAUAAAAUGGUACCAAGUAAACCCGCGGCCGCGAUGCGAUUGUAAUAAUAUUCGAAAAGGCCAACAGAUGGCAGCUGUUACAUUUUUGUUAAGGUUAUUGCUCUGGUUCAGGCGAUGAUUAUAAUAACAAUAACAUAUAAUAAAAUCGCAAAGAAGCCUUGUCUGUACUUUCAUAUUAUAAAGUAAAAGUCAGUGACAAAAAUCCACGAUCUUAUAAAAUGUUACAUAGUUUCGAGAACAUUCUCACACAAAAAUUCAGAGAAAUGCCGUCUAUACAAUUUAUCACAAUGUAACAAAUCAAAAAAUCAGUCGCCCGGGUUGCCGCAACGCGUGCAGGACUGUGUCGCGAGUGCUGUGCUAUACUCAGAGUGUGUCAGCCGCAGAAGUUGAGGCCGGCAGCAGGUUCUUCAGAGACGGCGUACAAGAGGAGCAGCGGCACCAGCCCCCCGGGGCGACAUUAUGCGCAUGCACAGCAACAGAGGGCGCUAGGCGAUGGCGCUGCGCGGAGCGAGCGGCGGGAGCAGCGCGCGGGCGCGGGGCGAGGAGCGGCGCGCGCUGGACGAGUUCGAGGAGCUCGCGGGGCUGCGCGGGCCGGGCGCGGGCGGGGAGCGGGGCGCGUACGUGCUGGAGCACCUCGCCACCUUCACUGUCACGCGCGAGACCGGCAUCGUGUUCCCCGCAGACGGCAUGCGCAGGCUGCUGCAGCUGGAGAAGACCAACGGAAUAUGGAGCCAGAAGAUGCAACUAUGUUUAGACGGACAGUGGGUGCUCAUCAUGGAUUACGAGACAGGGUCUAUAAUGGAGCGAUUCCCGGCGGCCUGGGUGCACUCGCCUACAGCUUUCACGUCGCCCGAGCCCACGGAACUGUACAACAACGUGCUGGCGUUCGUGGUGGGCUCGCCGGGAGGCGCGGGCGGCGCCUCUCCUGAGCCGGGGGCGCCCGGCGGCCCGCGCCGGGAGCUGCACAUCUUUCAGUGUCACGACGUGGGUGCGCAGACGCUCGUCGAGGAGCUUAACGCGCUCAAGGGAGUGAACAGCGGCGGUUCCGACGCGGGCGGGCGCGACUUCGCCAUCGAGCGCGAGCGGGAGAGGGAGCGGGAAAGGGAUACCGACCUUGACCGACCGCGCAGACAGCAAAUGUCGGCACAGUUGGGUCGCGAGCGAAGCUCGGUGGGCGAACGAGACGACGCGUCGUCGACGGGUUCCGAGCGGCUUUACGAGCAGGACAUCGCCAUUCUAAAUCGCUGCUUCGACGACAUCGAGAAGUUCAUCGCGCGGUUACAGCACGCGGCGGCAGCGUCGCGCGAGCUCGAAAGGCGCCGGCGCAGCCGCGGCGGCAAAAGACCCGCCGCCGGCGAGGGCAUGCUGGCCUUGCGCACGCGGCCUCCGCCAGAGCGUGACUUCGUUGACGUGCUGCAGAAAUUUAAGCUGUCCUUCAACUUGCUGGCUAGACUGCGCGCGCACAUCCACGAUCCCAACGCGCCGGAGCUGGUUCACUUCCUUUUCACUCCGCUGGCGCUGAUCGUGGACGCGGCGCAGGACGCGGCCGACGGCCGCCUGCCCACGCGCGUCGUGCGGCCACUCCUGACCCGAGACGCGCUCAACUUGCUCGCCAACUGCGUCACCAGCAAGGAGACCGAACUCUGGCACUCGCUCGGCGACGCUUGGCUCAUUCCCAGAGAGCAGUGGAAGACUACGAUCCCGCCAUAUCAGCCGGUGUUCAUGGACGGCUGGUCGCCAGACUACCAGGUCGACGACCAACCACUGCGCAGAGCGUCUCCUCGUGGUGAGGCAGGCCGCGGGGCGCCCGCGCGGGAGGUGCGGGAGGUGCGGGAGGUGCGGGAGGCGCGGGAGGCGCGCGAGUCCCGCGGCGCCCCCGAGCGCGCCGCUCCGCCGCCCGCCGUCUUUGCCUACGACCGUGACGAGCCCGAUCUGUACGCGGAACAAUACUCCCCUAACACACGAGUACUGGCGAGAGAAGACUCGGGCUCGGCAGCGUCCUCGCCGGACCGGGAGCCGCCGUACCGCGACGACGACGCGCUGGGCGAGGCGUGGGCGCGCGGCGUGGCGGCGCGCGGCGGCCGCGUCGUGCGCGUCACGUACCCGCGCACGGCCAACAACGACAAGGAGCUCACCGUCGUGCGCGGCGAGUUCCUCGAGGUGCUGGACGAUUCGCGCAAGUGGUGGAAAGCGCGCAACCGGCGCGGCGUGACGGCGCACGUGCCGCACACGAUCGUAGCGCCCGCGUUCUCGCCGCCCGCCUCGCCCGACGCGCCGCGCAGCGCCAUCUACCCCAACCCCAUCUACACGCACUCCCACUACCAGGAUGGCGGUGGGCGCGGUUCCGGCGGCAGCAGCCCUGACGGUGCAGCGGGUAGGGCGGGGGGCGCGGGUGCGGGGGGUGCCAACGCCGACUGGGUGCGCCGCGAGCGCCUCGGCAAGAAGGGAGAGUUCCGAUACUUCUAGUGACACCGCCGUCUUUAAUUCCUUCCGUUUACCCGCGAAGCAACACUUCGACCGUUUCCUCUAGCUUCCGGGCUGUUGAAGGCGAGUUUCCGAUUAGUGGAUCCUUCUCUCGUUCUUGUUCGAAUUUCAGUCCGAAACAUACUGUCAAAUACGUGAAUUCCCUGACCGUUUUCGGCCACGGUGACCACUUCAACUCCGCCGUUGAUGGCGCUGGUGAAUCGUAGUUCUUAAUUCGAAAGAAGUCAGGUGCGCAGAAGAUAUUAUAGUGCACAAACGUAUACGGGCAAACGCAGGUGCACUCCCUUGUUUUAGCUCUCUUAUUUGCGAUGGAACAGUGAACCGCUACGAAGUACUCGAGCUAAAUAUGGUCAAUAUAAUACUCGAGCAAAUGAAAAGACAAUGUCAAGUAUUAAACUUCAUUCGCAUGGGCGUCUUUGACAGUAAAUGUUUUGGACGGAUGCCGGACGGAGAACGGGUCUACUACACGUUCGUCUAGAAUCCGCCCUCGCGACGUGUCACCUUCGCGUCGCCUCUACCAAAGUGCUCACUAACCGCGCCGCUUGUCGCUCGUCCGGGCGUCGUUAGUCAUAAUUUAAUCGCGUGCUCUUCCGUAAAUAGGUAUUUAUUAAAAGGAGUGUCCCUCAGCAAUCGACGCGAGUAGGUGUUUGCGGCGUCGCAAGUAUCCGAACGCUCACUUCUAGUGUUUGUCCGUGUGUGUGUGCGUGUGUUCUUGUUGUCGCUAACGUGUGCGUCCUCACACGUGUGGGAGCUCAAAAGUGCUUAAUCUGAUAUUAUCGUUCAUUGCGCCAGCUAAGCACUUACAAUUGAUUGUAAGUUCGAUCUUAUGUAAAAUGCAAUUAUGGGUUUCAUUACAUGUUCAACAUUCGUCUGUAAACCUUCAAACGAGAAUCCUCUCUCCAAGAGUAUUUCAAGUAUAAGUUGUGUCAUCGUACAACUGUACUUUUUUGCUAAAUAUUUUUUAUAAGUAUACUUUUAAUAACGUUCCGCAAAUUAUGUAAACGAAACAAGCGCUUCAUUGGCCCGCCGCGCCCCCGGCGCGCGCGCCGUCGCCGCUGGUGUUGCGAAUAGCGCGCCGUACAAGUCUGAUGAGACGUUGUUGUUUCAUGUCGGUCCUCUUCUAAGGCGGCGUAGGAUGCGUUCUACAUUCCUUACAGUAUUUUCAGUCGCCCGACGUAGUAAUGUAUUUAUUGUUCGAUCUAGAGUCUAUUCGAGAGUUAUCAAAGAAUUCUAAAACAUAGAUUUAUUUAACUGCUAGCUAGAUGUUACGUAAGAUGUAAAUGAAGCAAUCAUAAUGAUUAUAAUAUAUUUAUUGUGUAUACCGGAGUGGGCGAUCUCGGCCAUACCUUCUC